GGGACUGCCUCUGGCUCUCACUCAAACCCUUGUUGCACAACAAACUUCAUUUGAAGACCGUUUCCCACUCUCAUUCUUCAGCCUCCGUGGCCCUUUAACCUCCUCUCAACAGCCAUGGCAGCCUCGCCGCCGCCUCCAGGUUCACCUCUCAAUGCCCUCUAAACCCUUAAAAGACCCCAUUUCGUGUUUACAUCAAUCAAUGGAUUUGAGAAUAACCCUCCUCCCAAAACCCACACCAAUCUUCUGCCCAAUCGCACGCCCCCUUACCUGUGUCACCUCCGCCGCCCCACAUCCACCGUCGCCAUUGCCGUCCCAGAAUCAGCCUCCUUCUUCGGAUCAUGCUCUUCUCAAAUCGGUAACUUCAAUUCUCUCAAACCCAUCUCUGGAUUCCACUCAGUGUAAACAACUCAUACCCCAUUUGUCUCCUCAUCAAUUCGAUUCUGUAUUCUUCUCCGUAAGACGUAAUGUUAACCCCAAAACUGCUUUGAAUUUCUUUUAUUUUGCUUCUGAUUCAUGUGGGUUUCGAUUCACUCUUCGAUCAUACUGUGUUUUGAUGCGUAGUUUGAUUGUUUCGGGCUUUGUCUCUCCCGCUAGGCUGCUUUUGAUCCGUUUAAUCGAUCGGAAGCUGCCCGUUUUGUUCGGGGACCCGAAAAAUAGGCACAUUGAGAUAGCCAGUGCAAUGGCGGAUUUGAAUGAGGUGGGCGAGUCGGGUGUUGCGGUUGCGGCAGUUGAUUUGUUGAUUCAUGUCUAUUGUACCCAAUUCAGGAAUGUGGGUUUCCGGAAUGCUAUUGGCGUUUUCCGGUUUUUGGCUAAUAAGGGUGUGUUUCCAACUGUGAAGACUUGUACCUUUUUGCUGAGUUCUUUAGUUAAGGCGAAUGAACUUGAAAAGAGUUAUUGGGUGUUUGAGACUAUGCGCCAAGGUGUUUCUCCAGAUGUUUACUUGUUUAGCACUGCAAUUAAUGCCUUUUGUAAGGGAGGGAAGGUUGAGGAUGCUAUUCAGUUGUUUUUUGACAUGGAGAAGUUGGGUGUUUCUCCGAAUGUUGUUACAUAUAAUAAUCUUAUUCAUGGUUUAUGCAAGCAUGGGAAUUUAGAUGAGGCUUUUCGAUUCAAGGAGAAAAUGGUGAAAGAUGGCGUGAAUGCUACUCUUAUAACUUACAGUGUUCUUAUUAAUGGUUUGAUGAAAUUGGAAAAGUUUAAUGAAGCAAAUUCUGUUUUGAAGGAAACGUUGGAAAAGGGGUUUACACCGAAUGAGGUUGUUUAUAACACAUUGAUUGAUGGAUACUGUAAAAUGGGAAACCUUGGGGAUGCAUUGAGGAUAAGGGGUGAUAUGGUCUCCAAGGGAAUCAACCCCAAUUCAGUUACUCUUAAUUCAAUCAUCCAGGGAUUUUGCAAGAUUGGGCAGAUGGAACAAGCUGAGUGCAUUUUGGAGGAGAUGCUAUCGAGAGGAUUCUCUAUAAACCCUGGUGCUUUUACUACGAUUAUUCACUGGUUAUGUAUGAAUUCUAGGUUUGAGUCUGCACUAAGAUUCCUCAGGGAGAUGCUAUUAAGAAAUAUGAGACCCAAUGAUGGGUUGCUGACCACAUUGGUGGGUGGGCUUUGUAAGGAGGGUAAGCACUCAGAUGCAGUGGAACUUUGGUUUAGGCUCUUGGAGAAAGGCUUUGGAGCCAAUUUAGUGACCACAAAUGCUCUAAUUCAUGGACUUUGCAAAACGGGUAAUAUGCAAGAGGCUGUUAGGCUUCUCAAGAAGAUGUUAGAAAGGGGUUUCGUAUUGGAUAAGAUCACAUACAACACACUCAUCUCAGGGUGUUGCAAGGAGGGAAAGGUUGAGGAAGGUUUUAAAUUGAGGGGAGAAAUGGUUAAGCAAGGAAUUGAACCAGACACUUUUACUUACAAUUUGCUGAUACACGGGAUGUGUCGUAUUGGUAAAUUGGACGAAGCUGUGAACCUUUGGAAUGAAUGUAAAAGUAGAGAUCUAGUUCCAAAUGUUUAUACAUAUGGUGUCAUGAUUGAUGGAUAUUGUAAGGCUGACAAAAUUGAGGAGGGAGAAAAACUCUUCACUGAGUUGCUCACUCAGAAUUUGGAACUGAAUUCUGUUGUUUAUAAUACACUUAUCAGAGCAUACUGUCGAAAUGGGAAUACAGUGGAGGCCUUUAAACUUCAUGAUGACAUGAGAAGCAAGGGUAUUCCACCAACUACAGCCACAUAUUCUUCUCUAAUACAUGGAAUGUGCAAUAUUGGACGCAUGGAGGAUGCAAAAUGCCUUAUUGAUGAAAUGAGAAAGGAGGGUUUGCUUCCAAAUGUUGUCUGUUAUACUGCACUAAUUGGUGGUUACUGUAAGCUAGGUCAGAUGGAUAAAGUGGUGAAUGUCUUGCAGGAAAUGUCUUCAUAUGACAUACACCCUAAUAAAAUUACGUAUACUGUCAUGAUUGAUGGAUAUUCCAAAUCAGGUGAUAUGAAAACAGCAGCUAAGCUUCUACAUGAAAUGGUAGGAAAAGGAAUUGUCCCAGACACUGUCACUUAUAAUGUCUUGACAAAUGGGUUUUGCAAGGAAGGGAAGAUAGAAGAAGGUUUUAAAAUAUGUGAUUAUAUGUCCCAGGAAGGGUUACCUUUAGAUGAAAUUACAUAUACUACUUUGGUUCAUGGGUGGCAACAACCAUCAGCAUUAACAAAUCAAGAGUGAUCAGUGAACUUCUAAGAGGAAAAUUGCUCGCAGAAGAUGGAGUGGGUUUUAAUUCACCAUUAUUUCUCAUCCAUGAAGCAUUUAGAGCUUGUACAAGUUAAAUAAGGGUGCCAACUGAGGCUGAGAUGCUGGACUGCAGAACAAAUAUAGCAAUGAGAAGCAUUUAGUCCUCAAUCAUCAUAGCAUGCUUGCUUGUAUGGAUGCCUCCGCUUGAUUUGCAUCUACACCAGUUGAAAGUUUGACAAGGAUGAGUUAGAAUGGAAGGUUAAAUAAGAAUGAGAUUUUUCUUGUCUAUGAAAGGGAGAAUAUCCAGCAGAGGGAGGGGGAGUAUGUUUAUCUCCUGGGCAGGGUAUCGCCGGGCAUGAAGAAAACAAGAAAUGUUCUAGAUUUUAGGAACUGAACUGGGUGUGAGUUUGGAUAUCUUUAUUGGAUGCAGAUAAGUGGAUCAAUAAAAGAAACAUGAAACCAAAAGGAUGGCAUCGCAGUUAUAGAGGAAAGCAAAUGCUUUAGACAUUUGGAGAUAACAGGAUGCAAGGCAGGUAGGUUCGGGUGUGUUUUUGGAACGAUGUCUCCAAACAGGGGCAUUGGAGCCCUUGUUUCUUAAGACACAUUCCAUGACUGGGGGCUGGAAAAUGUUGAGGCUUUUCUUUUGCAGCUGGAAAAGCAAUCAAUGAGGAGGGACGAGGAAGAUAGAUUGUGUUGGAGGGGUUCAGAGGUCAGAAAUUUCUAAAGCCUUCUACUCCUGUUUGGAGCCAAGAUGGGUAUGAACUUUUUCAGUAAAUGUAGUUUGUAACUCUUGGGUGUUGACAAGAGUUUGAGUUCUUUGCAUGGAAAACAAUUUAGGGAAGGAUGUUGACUUUGGGUAAUAUAAAAAAGAAGAGGAUGGACCUUGGGGAAUGAACCUUUUUCAUUGUGCUAACAUGAAGAUCUUGUGGCACUAGUUAUUCUCCUUGUUUGGCUUUGUGUGGGUGUUGUCUUCUACAGUUUGAGAGACUCUAUUAAGUUGGCAUGAGACCUUUGUGGGAAAGAAACAUGGGAAUGUGUAGAGGGUUGCCUGUUGUGCUUAUUCUAGACUGUUGGGGAGGAGAGCAAUUGAGAGCGUUUGAAAAUGUGGCACAAGAAGAUCAUGCUCUCGAGAACUUCUUGCUUAUCUUGCUUAGGCUUUGGGCUGUAGGCAUCUCAUUCAUGGAGAAAUUUGCAAGAAAUGGCUAUGCACAUCAUAUCAGCUCAUUUGUCAAUAAAGGAUGCAAUAACUUGAGGUUUUGCGUUGUACAGCAGGAAAGGAGGGCACAGUCUAUUCCUCAACAAGCACAAAGGCUUAGACUGGUAACAAUCCCUAACAGAAAGUACCCAGCCAAUAUCUAUAAUCUAUUGAUAUUCAACAUGUCACAUAUAUUAGACAAAGAUGAAGAUUGUACAGGUCAAAUUUGCAGUGUAAAGAUGUGAAGUUAAGGUAUAACCCAGUUGCAGAGUAGGAUUUUUGCCAUGGCUGGUGGGUUUUUCUUGGUAAGCCAUGAAGAGAUAGCUCCAUUCUUUUAUUUUAGGUACUUUUUGAUAUGAUAAGUUCUUUUUGACAACUCAAUAAAGAAAAAUGAAGAUUUGUGGAGGGUCU